AUGGCGGCAGACAGGGUGAUUAAACAGGAGGAACUGAACAAAGACCUGUCUGACUGUACGUUGUAUGAUCUGCUCAAGUAUGAUGACUUCAACGCUGACAAGCACCUGGCUCUUGAAGAAUUCUACAGAGCAUUUCAGGUGAUCCAGUUGAGUCUGCCUGAAGAUCAGAGAGUAAGCAUUACCGCAGCCACCGUGGGACAGAGUGCUGUUCUGAGCUGUGCCGUUGUGGGAACACUGAGACCCCCUAUCAUAUGGAAGAGGAACAACAUUGUUCUAAAUAAUUUAGAUUUGGAAGACAUCAAUGACUUUGGCGAUGAUGGGUCCUUGUAUAUCACCAAGGUUACCACAGUUCAUAUGGGAAAUUAUACCUGCUAUGCCGAUGGCUAUGAAGAUGUCCAUCAGACACACAUCUUCCAAGUGAAUGUCCCUCCAGUCAUCCGAGUGUAUCCAGAGAGUCAGGCCAGAGAACCUGGGGUAACUGCAAGCCUGAGGUGCCAUGCAGAGGGCAUACCGGACCCUCAGCUUGGGUGGCUGAAGAAUGGAAUCGAUAUUACACCAAAGCUCUCCAAACAGCUCACGCUUCAAGCAAAUGGCAGUGAGGUCCACAUAAGCAAUGUGCGUUAUGAAGAUACAGGAGCAUACACGUGCAUUGCUAGGAAUGAAGCCGGUGUGGAUGAAGACAUCUCGUCUCUUUUUGUGGAAGAUUCUGCUAGAAAGACACUAGCUAACAUAUUAUGGAGAGAAGAAGGUCUGGGAAUUGGGAACAUGUUCUAUGUGUUUUAUGACGAUGGAAUCAAAGUGAUACAACCCACGGAAUGUGAAUUUCAGAGGCACAUUAAGCCCAGUGAAAAGCUCCUUGGAUUUCAGGAUGAAGUCUGUCCCAAAGAUGAAGAGGAUGAAGUGCAGAGAUGUGUUUGGGCUUCUGCUGUUAAUGUCAAAGACAAGUUCAUUUAUGUUGCUCAGCCAACUUUGGAUAGAAUCUUGAUUGUUGAUGUGCAGUCCCAAAAAGUUGUUCAGGCAGUGAGUACAGACCCUGUACCAGUUAAAUUACACUACGACAAGUCACAUGACCAGGUCUGGGUGCUGAGCUGGGGCAGCAUGGAGAAGACAUCACCAACUUUACAGGUGAUCACUCUGGCCAGCGGGAAUGUGCCUCACCACACCAUCCACACACAGCCAGUCGGGAAACAGUUUGACAGAGUGGAUGACUUCUUCAUUCCCACCCCAACACUUAUUAUUACCCACAUGAGUUAUCUUUUCAGAUUUGGAUUUAUUCUUCAUAAAGAUGAAUCUGCACUACACAAAAUUGAUCUCGAAACCAUGUCCUACAUCAAAACAAUUAACCUGAAGGACUCAAGGUGCAUUCCUCUGUCCUUGGCAUACACCCAUCUGGGAGGAUACUACUUCAUUAGCUGCAAGGCUGACAUCACUGGAGCCAUUCCACCACAGCUUGUGGUGGACAGUGUGACUGAUUCUAUCAUUGGCUCCAACAGUGAUGUGACAGGCACUCCUUAUGUCUCUCCAGACGGACACUAUCUUGUCAGUGUUAAUGAUGUGAAAGGUCUUGUCAGAGUCCAAUAUAUCACCAUCCGAGGAGAAAUCCUGGAUGCCUUUGACAUCCACACCAACCUGCACAUAUCUGACCUGGCCUUCCAGCCAUCCUUCACAGAAGCCCACCAGUACAACAUCUACGGCAGUUCAAGCCAACAAACAGAUGUACUCUUUGUGGAGCUAUCCACUGGGAAGGUCAAGAUGAUCAAAAGUCUCAAAGAACCUCUCAAGACAGAAGACUGGCCCUGGAGUCCGAAAAACAGGCACAUCCAAGGCAGUGGCCUGUUUGGACAGUACCUGAUGACCCCCUCCAAAGAUUCUCUCUUCAUCCUGGAUGGUCGCCUUAAUAAGUUAAACUGUGAGAUCACUGAGGUUCAGAAAGGAAAUACAGUUGUUUGGGUUGGCGAUGCCUAAGGAGCCCUAUCACCUAUUUAUGGAGGAAAAGUUUUACAGUACAUUGCACUUGAUCCAUAUUUAAAUUACAACUUAACUUUUCCAAGUUUAUAUCCUAGACAAAACCCCCUUUGUUUGUUACAAAAAAAAGCUAGAUUUUUUUUUUAAUAUAUUGGCUGGUUAGAAACAUUUCAUACAAUAUUUAAUUAGAAAUUAUAGCAAUUGCAAGAGUCAAACUUGUAGCUAUAUUUUAAACCAAUAAAAUGAUAUUAAAAUCUUUAAAAAAAUACACUGCAGGGAAUUUCAGAUGAUCUAAACAUCACGUCACUCUUUAAGAUAUUUUUUCUUGUCAUUUUGCUUUGCUUUAAUCAGAAAUAAAAGGUCGUGUCAAACCUUAAAAUUCUUAAUUCAAAAUACUCUGUCCCAUCCACUGUUUAAAAUCUUUUGUGCCUUGAAGGAAAUGUCAUGGAAGAAAAAAGGAAGGCUAAACUCUGCAUAUUGGACAACCUCAUAGCAAUGAAUCUACUGUCAUUAAGAAAUGUUUAUAUCUUGCACCAAAUCCUGCCUUCAGGCAUUUGUUUGACCUUCAAUGAAAUGUCAUGUGAAGUCAUAAUUUGGCCUUGGGCUGUAUACAGAUGUGAAACUAUCCAAUAUUCACUGUACCAUGUGCAUCGUGCUUUAGAAAAUGGACAGGAAGGGAGAAAAAUAUGUAUGGUAAAAAUGUUGGCAAUGUAUUGUGUACAUGUUUUGCUUUUAUUCACUAGAGUGCAUUAUAUUAUUGGUGUACAUUUAUCUGGGAAUUCAACUGCUUACAGAAGAUUUCCUUCUUAGUAUCAGGAUUAAUAUUUUUAUGUAGCCUAGUAUUCCAUAAGUCAGGAACUUUCUCAGUUUUGGACAAGGAACAUGACUGCAUCUGCACAGAAAGAACCACUUGUAGGGAGAUUGACAGUGAGACAAAGCUGGAACCACUCUCUGUAGCUCAGUGGCUUAUAUCCUCUUCAGACAACAUUCAUUGAUUGGUCCAAAGAAGAUGAACGGUUUUUUAGCAGAAAAUGGUAAGAUGAACCCACAGUGGAGAGUAGAAGGUGAGCUCCACUGCUUUUGCUAUUUAGAUAUUAUCUAGUAAUCAAGCCCAUCCUUUAUCAAUGGCCAAGAUGACUUCCACUCCAGCAUAUUCUAAAGCACCUUCUAACUCUAUGCUCUAGCUGUGACCCAACAGAGUCUCUUGAGAUAUAGUAGAGAAGUAAAAUGUCUGCCUUUAUCCUUUUUCCUAAAAGAGAAAAUAGAAAGCCUGUAGAAAUAAAUUAAUACCAAUAAGUUGGGUUAUUGGAAUAGGACAAAACAAUCCAGGUGUAAGGGAAUAGUGUACAUGGUUUGAGAAUCUUUUCUACUUAUUUUUCUUCUUCUUGUUGCUAACACUGGUGAUGAGCUAUUGAAGUGAUGUCCAUUUGCUGAAGGUAAUCCAAUAAGAUCUUUUUUUAAAUACAAAUUUUACUCAAGUUUAAAUUGUGUAAAACUGCAUAGAAACUUGGAAUUUUAUAGUGUGCAUUCUCUUAUGUGUAUAUAGCACCAUGGGCUGUGUGAUAAUAGAUUUCUUCUUAGCAUAAGAAACAUUAAGGGAACUAGAUUUAAUAAACAACAAAAAUCAGCCUACGUUUUUAUGGAUUGAAUCUGUUUCACUCUUUAGUAACUUUCUCCCCAGGAAACAUGAAUCAUGCAGUGUCUUUGUGUUGAUGAUUUGGUGUAAGUCUCUCCUUAUCCUGUACAUGUAGAUCUUCUUUUAGAAGCUUUUACCAUGUGGAUGCUGUCUGUUGUCAUUGCUUGAUAAAAGAAUAAACCUCUUAUGUUUUA